AUGCCAACUCGAGAACCAUGGACAACAUAUCAUGCAUAUUCAUUAAUGGCUAUAUCAUGGCUUAUUUCAGCUACCGUUUCAUUACCACUUUUUGUUACCCAACAAUUGCAACCGUUAGCGCUUGAAAACACAACACUUUGUGGUUAUUUUUGUGGUGAAUAUAAUUGGCCAGAAGAUAAUCGCAUUAAAUUAUUUUAUGGUUCUAUGCUACUUAUUUGUCAAUACCUCAUUCCGGUAACUAUUAUGACAUUUUGCUAUUGGAACAUUUUACAAAAGGUUCGUGCUGAUUGGAUUGUGGCCCAGCAUUCAUUGUUAACUGCAGCCCAGCAAGCUCAAACAGCUGUUCGAAAACGACGGGUAAUGUAUGUAUUGAUAUUGAUGGUGGUUGUAUUCAUGGCAUCUUGGCUUCCUUUGACAAUUGUUAAUAUUUUCCGUGAUUUCGGAAUAGAAGCAUUUUUGGAUAUGCAAAUGUACUUCAAAUUGCUCAAUGUUCAUGCGAUAGCAAUGACUUCCAUUGUUUGGAAUCCAUUAUUGUAUUUCUGGAUGAGUAAGCGACAUCGGAAAGCAUUUAAGGAGGAUAUGAUCGGAACGGGUAAUAAUUAUCGACGAAACAAUGAAAUGAGAUUGAUGAAACGUUUUUUCAUAUCGAAAUCACCACAACCUAAUAAUCUUGUAUAUAAACAAAAUCAUAGGCAUUAUAGGUUAUUAUUUUCAAAUGUUUAA